GGCGGGCAGUUGCCGGAGCACAGCCUCGCUGCCGGCCGCGGGUCGCGGCGCUCGGAGCCGGCGCGGGGCGGUGCCGCCACUCCUCGCACACGUUCAAAGUUUUGGAGUGGCGGCGGCCGAGAGCUGGCAGCAGGGACUCGGGAGGACUCCGCGGCGCGGAGGCAGAGCCCGACAGUCGCGGGCAUUGCGCCCUGGCUGCCGCACCUGCUUCACAGCUGCCCUUCACGCCCCCGGCGCGGCGCCCCCGGCCCGCAGGCACCGCCCUGCUUCGGGCCGAGGCGAAGCCGGGCCGCCCCCACAGCGCCGUCCGCGCCUCACGCCUCGCCGCCGCCCGGCGAUUAUUAGCCGCCGGCGCCGGCGAGGAGCGGCUGUUACUGGGAAGAUGGCGAGUCGUAGCCUCCGCCUGCUGCUUCUUGGUUACUUGGGCGUCCUGAGCUGUCGUAAAGCAUCUGGCAUUUCCAUUGAAACGGAUAACAAAAAUGUAAAAGCAGAGGAGUUCCAGGAGGCUAUUCUUAGUUGCAAGCACAAAUUUUCUAAAGGGAUGAGCUUAAGAAUAGAAUGGAAGAAAAUCCAAUCUCAGGGAGUCUCAUUUGUCUACUACAACAAUGAAUUUACAGGUGAUCUCCGAGGACGGGCAGAGAUGCUGAAUACAGGAAUCCGUAUUAGAAAUGUGACUAGAAGGGAUUCUGGGACCUACCGCUGUGAAAUCAGUGCCAAGAGUGAAGAGGGACAGCGCCUGGGAGAGGCUACUAUUACUCUCACAGUAUUGGUUGCUCCAGCUACUCCAAUAUGUGAGGUACCCAGCUCUGCAAUGACGGGAACAGUAGUAGAACUGAGCUGUAAGGAGACUGAAGGAUCUCCUCCAUCUGAAUACCAGUGGUACAAGAAUGGUGUUGCCUUGCUGGAAAAGACAGGAGCAGGCACCAGUAGAGCGGCAAACAUAACUUACAUCAUGAAUAAAAAGUCUGGCACUCUGCUGUUUAACACAGUUACAAAGAAUGAUACUGGAGAGUAUUUCUGUGAAGCCUUCAAUGGGAUUGGAUUAUCUCAGAAAUGCUCAGUGAAGCGAAUGCAAGUUGAUGACCUUAAUGUAAGUGGCAUCAUCAUUGCUGUAGUAGUUGUGGCUCUGGUAAUGGCACUCUGUGGCCUUGGAGUAUUUUAUGCCCAAAAAAAAGGCUACUUUGCAAAGGAAAGCUCUUCCCAGUAAGUAUCUUGAUGCAAAAAGACAGCCAACUAUCAAUCUUCUAGUGAAAAGGAUUUCAAGCAUACCAAGUCCUUUGUUAUUUAGAAGAUUUCAGCCUCUGUGAGGGACAUCAAAUGACUACUUGUUAUACAAAAUAAUCAAAGGGAUCUUUUGACCUCUAGUCUGUAAAUAUUGUUUACAUGUACUACAUACUGAAAAUAGAAACUGCCAAUAUUUAGCUAUAGUCAACCUGUCUGUGACUGCUUUUUUUUAAAAGGCAAAAGCAAGACCAAAAAACCCCAACAAAACGUAAAAGAUAGAGCUAAAUUGAAUGUAAUUUGCAUGAAGGCUUCUCAUUUUGUUCAUGGUAUCCUAGCAGACAACAUGCUCAGUAUGAACAAACACCGCUGCACCAGUAAAAGAUAGCCAGUGGAAUUGAGUUGCAUCUGAGGGCAACACCAGUAGAGAUAGUUAUUGUCCCAUUCUACCUGGAAUACUGUUUUAGUCCCUGCUAUAAAACCAAGCAACCAAACAAAAAGAUACAGACAGGAUGAACAGAGUCCAGAGAAGGGCCACAAGAAUAAUCAAACGAGUGGGCUAUCUGCCAUAUGAGGAAAGGCUGAGAGAAUUACAUAUGUUCAGCCUUGAGAAAAGGCGGCUUAGGAGAGACCUUGUCACCAUUUGCCAUUAUUUAAAGAAGAUGGAGUCUUCCUUUAUACAAGGAAUCACAAGGAAAAGAUAAAAAAUAGUUAUUCCUGAGGAGAUUCCAAUUAGACACAAGAUGAAAAUCUUUUACAAGAACAAUCAGACAUUAAUCUCCUUAGGGAAGCAGUGGCUUCCCCAGUAUUGGACAGUUUCAAGAUUCAGCUGGGCAGGAUGCUGGGGCCACCUUACCUAUCUAGACCAUGCUUUUGCUAAGAAAGGUUGGACUAGAUAAUCUUGGAGAUCCCUUCCAACCUGGUAUCUGGUGACUCUCUGAUUCUAUGUACACAUGCAGCAAUAUGGGAUUCACACUUAGAGCUUGUAACAAUCUAUUCAAGUAACUUUCAUAGGUGACCUUGCUUCCACUACCUCCAUCUCCACUAUUGUCAAGGGCUCAAACACUCCUGCAAUUGUGGCUUACUUGUACCUUGACAUCAUAUUAGAUUUGCCAAAGUCAUCUCUAAGUGUGUAAGUACUCAUGCAGACUUAAACUCACUACCUGACAAAGUUUCAUGUAAAUGAGUGUCUUCUUGCUUAAUGCAAAAAGUCCACAGCUUGUCUUCUAGGGGGAACCUUCUCUCUUUAGACUGCAUGUGUAAUUUCAUUCUGAAAAAAAAACAAACAAAAACCACCCUAAUACAAAUCAAGCUGUAGUAUCUGGACCCUAAGUGUUGGAAGUGUUCCAAAUAAAUUGUUGCUUAAAACCUGAA